AUGCCAGUCAAUAAAUCAUUAUUGAAAGCGUUUUCAAGACAUAUACACCUCCCCCGAUAUGCAGAACUGGAUGAAGAAGACCAGCAACUCUUCAGGGCAGCAUAUGAUACGCCAUCUUACGACCACGACGAGUACGAAGAGUCCGAUGACCUUCCUGUUGGCAAGCUGGACUUAGUCAAGGAUGGCUUGUGGGCUGUCAAAGCGAAAAUAAAGGAACUAAAGGCUUUCGAUAAGGCAAUGGCUGCGAAUCUACUGGCUACUAAGUUGAAGUUGAAAGAUUUGGUAAAAGGUGCCAUGAUCAUCAAGAAACACCAGCACGUUGAUUAUGAGAAGAAGAAACCGUCUUAUGGCUACCAGGCACCAGCAACUUAUCAGCAAUACGAACCAACUUACCAUGCGCCAGUACCGGAGUACGGUCAUGACCCUUAUUAUGGACACUAA